AUGCCUUUCAAGCCCUUCGCACAUCUUGCCCGUGUCAGUGUUGCAAAGGGAAUCGCCCAUACUUAUGCUCCGUCUGUCGUCGCUGCUGGCCAGUCACUAGGACAAUUUCAGAAUUACCCUGUCACCAAAUUCGCAAAGACCGCACAACUCCAAAAUGCCUUCUCAAGUCCGUCGGGUUCUGGCGCAGGUGCGAAGGCCGGCUAUAAUACUCAAUCAGGGGGCGGUGAUGCUGGGUUAGCCCAGUACUACGCAGCCUGGCAACAUGCGCAACAGACCGGUGAUGACUCGGACUGGAAGAAGCAUGAGUUCGCCCGAAGAAUAGGUUGGAAAAAUCAAGAGAGGGUUGUGCCUACCUCAAAACAUCAUCGGGUCGAGUCUUACCGGGCUGUCGACCUUCUUCGGCCCUCUGCCCGCCUCACCGUCUCGCGCGUCAAUAGUGAACGAGCCACUCCAAAGAUUCAGGAUGCUGAGGAAGCUUUUGCGGAAUCUGAAGCCCUUGCAAAGGUAGAUGAGGAAAUCGCAAAAGAGAUUGCCUCCCGUCAAAUAGAGCACAUCGCUCCUCAUGAUGAAGCGGUCGGUAAUCCUGUUGCGAGCACACGAGCCCCGACACCUUCUAUUCAAGAGACUGGCGCAGCCGAGUUUGAAUCUUCCACCAGCCUCGAGCACACAUCACCGCCUACCGAUAUCACUUCACUUGCAUCGGAGGAAUCUGCCCUUUCCGACCAGAUCGUCCAGCUUGGUUUCCAGCACCGAUAUAGUGAGAUUCCGGCUCUCUUCGAAGCAAUCAUCAAAGAUGGCCAUGUCCCGACUGUGGAGGCUUAUAAUCAUAUCCUGGUAUCCGCCAUCAAUCUGAGCCAUGGCUACCAGCCAUGGCCCAGAGCUCUCGAGGUCUACGGUGACAUGACGAAGCGGGCUGUUGAACUCAAUGGGACAUCCUACGUGAUCCUGCUACGGUUUUUGGCUGCCAGGAGCCUCGAGGCGUACCAAGUGCAGAAAAAUCUUGGUGAACGAGCCACUCGAUAUGGUAGUGAGGGCGCUUUGGUCUUCCCUUCUGCUACCAGACAACAGCAGCUGUACGCCGCUGACACAUCGCUUGCGUUUGCGACCAAGCUGUAUAAUAUUGCUCGGGGAACUCUUGGAGAUUUUCAACUCUCGGCCGCAGUAUACAAUGCGCUGGUCAAAGCCUGUGCCCAAUCCGGCAUGGUUGAGCAUAUGAAUUCUCUUUUGGCCGAUAUGAAUGCCCAAAACGUUCCUCUCGCGCCACAGUUAUACACGGUUGUGAUCGAUGCGCAGGCCUCGGUGCAAGACAUCCACGCCGCCCAAGGCCUUUAUGAGGAGUAUCGCGAUCUCGCCAUCAGCAGAGCUGCCAAUGACCCUCUGGAUUUGAAAGUGUAUGCUUCGUUGAUUAAGGCUUAUUACGCUUGCGGGCUUGCUGAGACUGGCUUACGUUUCUAUGAGAAGAUCCUUCAAUCCUUCAAAGGCUCAGUAAACGAGCAAGCUUUGUCGGAUAGUUUGACAAGUUCUUUCGUACUGGAUGGCCUUGUUCAGCAUCACAUUGAAAACCAGGCAUACUCCACUGCGAUCUCAAGCCUCGAUGACUUCGCUCUGUUGCCAGCUGUACGAGAUGAGGCGCUGUCAAGAAUCUCUACUGCUGCAGCUGAUGCCUCAAUUGUCGACGAAGCGGUCCGAUCCUUUGAUGCCGUCAGUCCCACGAACUUGAAGGCCGAGGCCGUCAUGGCGCUUACUGCUUUGCAUCUCCGGAGUGGUGAAAUCAACAAAGCCAAGUCGACUUGGAAUAACGCUCGAUCUCUUCCGAUUGUUCCGAGCACCGACUUUACAGCAAUGUACGCCUUGGCAUUAAUCAGCUCUGGUUCCAUCGAAGAGGGUGUAGCUGAAGCUCGGUCAAUGUUUCAACGCAUCCGCUCCUCGGCCAGCACAGAAGCAAGCCGUCAACUCGCUGUAGCAGAAAUCGAUGAGGCAAUCGUUCUUUUCGGUGAAGCCCUUUCGAAGCAACAGGCCGUGGUCUCUGCAACAACAAGCAUCACGUUGUUGCGAACUAUGAUCGAAAAUGGAGGCCUUGUGUCCCCAGUCGCUCAGCAUGCGAUUGCAAGCUUGGGCCCAGAAUGCGUCCACCAACUCAACGCUCAAGAUAUCGCCUUGGCCCUUCAUGUUCAAGCUCAAAUGCUUAUGUAUCACGAAGUCGUGGACGCCGCCCACCCAGCCAGGUUUUCCCAUCUUCUGGAGACUGUGCUCCACCGCGGGAUUCUUAUGGAUCCAUCAACAGUCCACGUGGUGAGCGAAAGCUUACCCAAAAUUGCUACUGCUCGACCGGAUCUCCUCCAACGCUGGCAUGAGCUUCUUCACCCUGCUUCUCCCACUCCGGUGACAUUGCCGCAAUCGCCCUUGUCACCACAUCCCGCCCUCGUUGAUCUGUCAGCGAGCGAUGCUUAUGAUCCCUAUGCCCACACCACCGACUACCGUGCCUCUAAAGCGAUAUCCGAACUGGUUGAGAGCACCACUGGGCGUAUCGAAAACCACCUCAACGACGGCCUUUCCCGGUUGAGAAAUGUUCGUAGAGCAGGCAGAAAUCUCCAUUAUUCUGCCUACUCCAAGUUGAUUACCGCCGCUGGUAAAGCCAAACAACCGAACUUGAUUCAAGAGAUUCUGAGUAUGGCACAUGCCGACGUCCCAAUGUCUUUGCAGAUUCCAUCUGUCCGCGCAGGCUGGAUUGCCAUCUUAGACUCUAUGAUUGCGGCUUGCUUGACUGUUGGUGACCGUCAACAGGCAAGCAAGUUCCAUCAAGACCUUCUGGAUAUGGGAGCGGCGCCCUCUGCAAAUACCUUUGGCAUUUACAUCACCACUCUUGAAGGUACUUUCGAUGAAGCGACCGAGGCUGUCAAGAUCUUCCAACGUGCCUUAUCCGAAGGAGUUGUCCCAAGCGUUUUCCUCUACAAUGCCGUUAUUGGCAAACUCGGUAAAGCUCGACGUAUUGACGAUUGUCUCCGCUACUUUGGGGAUAUGGAAGGUCGCGGCAUCCGGCCGUCAUCUGUCACAUAUGGUACUCUGGUGAACGCUCUUUGCCGAACAAGUGAAGAGCGCUUUGCCGUUGACAUGUUUGAUGAGAUGGAGGCGGCACCCAAUUAUCGCCCUCGACCUGCACCUUACAAUUCCAUCAUACAAUAUUUCCUCAAUACAAAGCGUGAUCGAAGCAAGGUUCUCCAGUACUACGAGCGGAUGAAAUCCAAGAAUAUCAAACCUACCUCUCACACCUACAAGCUGCUCAUUGAAUCGUACGCAUCUCUGGAGCCUGUCAACCUCGCUGCAGCCGAAUCUAUUCUCUCUGAAAUGAAGCAAUGUGGCCUUCAACCAGAGGCGGUUCACUAUGGAUCUUUGAUUCAUGCUAAGGGUUGCGUCAUGCAUGACAUGCCUGCUGCACGGGCCGUCUUCGAUUCCGUUUUGCAGGAUGGAAAUAUCCGUCCGACCGACACAUUGUAUCAGAACCUGCUCGAAUCAAUGGUCGCCAAUCACGAAGUUGGGAAAACUCCCGAGAUUCUCACCGAUAUGGCUCGACGUAGGGUCUCAAUAACCCCCUACAUCGCGAAUACGCUUAUUCAUGGAUGGGCUGGAGUGGGCCAGAUUACAAAAGCCAAAGCGAUUUAUGAGCAACUGGGCAUGGACAAGCGUGAGCCCAGCACUUACGAGGCCAUGACACGAGCCUUUCUCUCAGCGGAAGAUCGUGCAAGUGCUAACGCAGUGGUGCAAGAAAUGUUGAAGAAAGGGUAUCCGGCAGCUGUCGCUGACAAAGUGCUUGCAUUAGUGGGUGGUAACACGGCCUAA